AUGGGUCUCGUCAGCAGACCUAUAGCUGUGCUCUUGGCUGGCAUUGUCAUAAUAUCAACCCUUCGAAUCGCUCUCCGUUCCUUGCUCUCACCGUUGAAGUACAUACCCGGGCCCUGGUACUCUCAUUUCACCCACUAUGUCCUCAAGUACCAUGUUGUCAUGGGGAGAAGAAUCUUCUACGUCGACGACCUACAUCGUAAGUACGGCGACAUCGUGCGACUCAGCCCUGGCGAGGUUUCAGUGGUAUCCGUCGAUGGCCAUCGAAAGAUCUACUCCGUCAGUUCCCGAUGUACCAAGCACGAGUGGUAUCUGAAGUUCGGCGGACACCCCUACCCAGGCCUGUUCACCAUGACAGAUCAUCAAGAGCAUGCGCAACGCCGAAAGAUAUUCGCCAGAGCCUUCAGCAAGUCUCAGCUCAGAGUCCAAUGGGAAGACACCAUCAGAGCGAUCGCAAAGAAGGCCGUGCAGAGGAUGGCGGAUGAUCUGAAGGAGAAUGGGAAGGCCGAUGUGCUCAAAUGGUGGACGUUCAUGACAUCAGAUAUUUCGGGGGAAUUGAUGUUCGGCGAGUCUUGGGACAUGCUCGGAAAGGGACAGAAAAAUGAGUUCAUUCGGUCAGUGGCAAUCUACAUUCAGAGUUCUGGCUUGAUGGCAGAACUGCCACUGAUCAAGACUGUGGGUCGUUUGAUCCCGCACCCGUGGUGUCGAACGGCCUUCCGAGGAUGGGAUUACGUCCUCGACUACGCCUCUCGCGCUGUAGAGAACAGCAAAAAGCGAACGCAGAUGGGGGAGCGAAACAUCUUUGGUACGAUUCUGGCUGGCGCCGAAAAGGGAGAGAUCCUGACCGAGUUCGACAUCAAGAACGAGGCCGGAAACUUUACGGUCGCUGCAACGGACACAACAGCUGUGACCCUUUCCUAUCUCAUAUAUGCCGUUUUGUCCCGUCCGAAACUUCGGGCAGCAAUUGAGGCGGAAGUAUCAACUUUGCCAGACAACUUCACAGAUGCGGACGUGGAGACAUUGCCUUUGCUGAAUGCCACGAUCAGCGAGACGAGUCGUCUUUUCGCUGCAGCGCAGGGCGCUUUCCCAAGGAGAGCACCGCCUGGCGGCUUGGACCUGGAAGGAUACAUGAUCCCCGAGAACACAACCGUCAGCGCCCAAAGUUAUACGAUGCAUAGAAAGGAGGACUUGUUCCCGAACGCGUUGGAGUAG